GUCCCCGCGCUCGUGGAACGCAAGCUCGGGGCGGGGGGCGGGGGUUGGCGGCUGUGAGAACGUGGUAACCCCGGAUCCGACCUGGGGCAGGGUGCAGGAGCCAGGUGCGGGACCUGGGGCAGGAGCCGCGCUGGGGCAGGACCUGGGGCAGGACCUAGGGCAGGAGCAGCGCUGGUGCAGGACCUGGGGCAAGACCUGGGGCAGGACCUGGGACAGGACCUGGGGCAGGACCUAGGGCAGGACCUAGGGCAGGAGCAGCCCUGGGGCAGGACCGGGAGCAGGACCUGGGGCAGGAGCAGUGCUGAUGCAGGACCUGGGGCAGGAGCAGCGCUGGUGCAGGAGCCAGCACCUCUGAGUUCCAGCCACCAGGAAGGCUCUUGGAUAAGAAUUGGCCUCCCCCAGCCCCCUUCCCACUCUGCAGGAGGGUGUCCGAGAUCCAAACCAAGAUCCCCAGAUGAUUCCCCUACCCAAUCCUCAGAUAUUUAAUCUCACGGAAGUCUUGAUUCUCAAAGGACUUGGGCUAUAGCAGCCUUUAAGGACAGUCCUGGGGCCUGUGUCAGUUGGACGGAAGGCUGACAGGCUGACCCCCAGUACCAUCAAAUUUUGAAUGCAACGUCUGCUGUCACAAAGCCACGCUCCAGCUUGCCCAGAUCCAGCCUCAAUUUGGAAGCCCCAACGGAAAAGCAGAGGCAGCCAGCCUCCCCGUUCGCUAGCUCUGGGUGGUCCGCACAUGAGCCAUGUUAAACCCCUCCGGGGCGCAGCAAGCUCUCUCUGGCCUCGAGUUGUGUGAACAGAGUACACGGUCAUUAAUGAAGCCUGUCCUGGGGCCGAGUGGAAUAUCAUGUGCCGGGAGUGCUGUGAAUACGAUCAGAUUGAAUGUGUCUGCCCUGGAAAGAAGGAAGUGGUGGGUUACACCAUCCCGUGCUGCAGGAAUGAGGAGAAUGAGUGUGACUCCUGCCUCAUUCACCCAGGUUGUACCAUCUUUGAAAACUGCAAGACCUGCCGGAACGGCUCAUGGGGAGGCACCCUGGACGACUUCUACGUGAAGGGGGUCUACUGCGCAGAGUGCCGGGCGGGCUGGUACGGAGGAGACUGCAUGCGAUGUGGCCAGGUUCUGCGGGCCUCAAAGGGUCAGAUUUUGUUGGAGAGCUACCCCCUAAACGCUCACUGCGAAUGGACCAUUCAUGCCAAACCUGGCUUCAUCAUCCAGCUAAGGUUUGUCAUGUUAAGCCUGGAGUUUGACUACAUGUGCCAGUAUGACUAUGUUGAGGUCCGUGACGGGGACAGUAGCAACGGCCAGAUCAUCAAACGUUUUUGUGGCAAUGAGCGGCCAGCUCCCAUCCGGAGCACAGACUCUUCACUCCACAUCCUCUUCCAUUCAGAUGGCUCCAAGAAUUUCGAUGGCUUCCAUGCCAUAUUUGAGGAGAUCACAGCAUGUUCCUCUUCUCCCUGUUUCCAUGAUGGCACUUGCCUCCUUGACAAAACUGGAUCCUACAAAUGUGCCUGCCUGGCAGGCUACACUGGGCAGCACUGUGAAAAUCUCCUUGAAGAAAGUAACUGCUCAGACCCUGGGGGCCCAGUCAAUGGGUACAAGAAGAUAACCGGAGGCCCUGGGCUUAUCAAUGGGCGCCAUGCGAAAAUUGGCACCAUUGUGACCUUCUUUUGUAAUAACUCAUACGUUCUUAGUGGCAAUGAGAAGAGAACUUGCCAGCAGAAUGGAGAGUGGUCGGGGAAACAGCCUAUUUGCAUAAAAGCCUGCCGAGAACCAAAGGUCUCAGACCUGGUGAGACGCAGAGUCCUUCCCAUGCAGGUUCAAUCAAGGGAGACACCGUUACACCAGCUCUACUCGGCCCCCUUCAACAAGCAGAAGCUGCAGGACGCCCCCACCAAGAAGCCGGCCCUUCCCUUUGGAGACCUGCCCCCCGGGUUCCAACACCUGCACACCCAGCUCCAGUACGAGUGCAUCUCGCCUUUCUACCGCCGCCUGGGCAGCAGCCGCAGGACGUGCCUGAGGACCGGAAAGUGGAGUGGACGUGCCCCGUCCUGCGUCCCUAUCUGCGGGAAAACAGAGAACGUCACUACUCCAAAGAGCCAGGGGCUGCGCUGGCCGUGGCAGGCGGCCAUCUACCGGAGGGCCAGCGGGGCGCAUGGUGGCAGCGUGCACAAGGACACAUGGCUCCUGGUCUGCAGCGGCGCCCUGGUGAACGAGCGCACCGUGGUGGCGGCUGCCCACUGUGUAACUGACCUGGAGAAGGUCACCAUGAUCAAGACAGCAGACCUCAAAGUGGUCCUGGGGAAGUUCUACCGCGAUGAUGACCGAGAUGAGAAGACCGUCCAGAGCUUGCGGAUUUCGGCCGUCAUCCUGCACCCCAACUACGACCCCAUCCUGCUGGACACGGACCUUGCCAUCCUGAAGCUGCUGGACAAGGCUCGCGUCAGCACCCGCGUCCAGCCCAUCUGCCUGGCGGCCCCGCGGGACCUGAGCACCUCCUUCCAGGAGGCCCGCAUCACCGUGGCCGGCUGGAAUGUUCUGGCAGAUGCGAGAAGCCCCGGCUUCAAAAACGACACGCUGCGCUCAGGGGUGGUCAGGGUGGUGGACUCGCUGCUGUGCGAGGAGCAGCACGAAGAGCACGGCAUCCCCGUGAGCGUCACGGACAACAUGUUCUGUGCCAGCCGGGACCCUGCUGCCCCUUCGGAUAUCUGCAUGGCCCAGACUGGAGGCAUCGCCGCGAUGGCCUUUCCGGGACGGGCGUCCCCCGAGCCACGCUGGCACCUGGUGGGGCUGGUCAGCUGGAGCUAUGACAAAGCAUGCAGCCACAGCCUGUACACGGCCUUCAGCAAGGUCCUGCCUUUUAAAGACUGGAUCGAGAGAAACAUGAAGUGACCUCGGGCCCCUGGAGAGGCUUCUUGCGCGUCCAUGGGUACAGGUGUCACAUGAGGCGGGGUGAACCUGAAGUUCGGGUCCUCCUGUGACUUGGACUGGGCUGGGGCUUCGGACUUCAGGAUCGAAACUCAGUGGAGAGUGCGUAGAGCUCACUUUCCGGUAGGGCCCUGCCUCCCUGGCAGCGGGGACCAUUUGGAAGACUCCAGGGCUGCAUGCGAGAACGGAGUCUCCUUGAAGGAGACCAUGCAGAUAGCAGAGGCCCCGAUCCACCGGCCCAGUGGCCUGGCCCACCUGCCCUUCACUGGUGUGAACGUCAUGGCCAGCUCUGGCCGAGAGGGUUGGCCAAGAAGAGCGAUUCAUGAGGUCUCUUCCAAGACUCUGGCCAGACCAAGUUCCCGGGAGCCGCCUGUGGGACAGAGCAAGACAGCAGAGCUUGAAUGUGGCCUUGGCUUUUGGUGUCUCUGGCCACAGUAAAGUGGGGUCCUUUUCUUUCUCCAUCCCCCAUACAUAUUUUAAUAAAACAGGGGUUGGCUUCUGACCUACGGAACAAA